GUUUCUGCUCCUCGCGGCUGCGCGUUGAGCUCUUUCCUCUCCGGCUCCCGGGCCCGCGGCAAGAUGGCGAAGCGCACCAAGAAGGUCGGGAUUGUGGGUAAAUACGGGACCCGCUACGGCGCUUCCCUCCGGAAGAUGGUCAAGAAGAUCGAAAUUAGCCAGCAUGCCAAGUACACGUGCUCCUUCUGCGGCAAGACCAAAAUGAAGAGGAAAGCUGUGGGCAUCUGGAAUUGUGGAUCCUGCAUGAAGACAGUGGCAGGUGGUGCCUGGACCUACAACACCACUUCUGCAGUGACAGUCAAGUCUGCCAUCAGAAGACUGAAGGAACUGAAAGACCAGUAGAAGCUUCCACUUCUCCUCAGGCUGCGUACCUCCCUUCUCCCGGCCUCAGACCUCUGCUGUCCCUUUACCAAUAAAAAGGGCGAUGUGGAACGAA